AUGAUUCAAAAGCAAGUGCUAAAACAGGUCGCAAUAGUAGGAGCAGCUGCACUCGUCUUUCUACACAGGGCCAGCGGAGCAGUGGAGAAAGAUGACUUGCUGUCAAUACAUGACUACUGGUCCGUCAGACUGCUGAACAUAGAAAAGAAGGUUGAGCUGCGCAGUAAUUUCCUCAAAAAACUUAGCUCUUUAAACGCUAGAGUAUCGCCAGACUCAUCUGACACUGGCGUAGAAGAAGAUAAUAACAGCAACCCAGAGAUGGAGGAAAAGCUAAGCAUGGGACAGCAACAUCUAAGUGACAUAGCAGAACAUCUGGCGUAUCUGAACGAGAAAAUCCAAGCUAUUCUAGACAUAAUACACUCACUAGAAGACCUGCAGAAAAAUUCAUACACUCCUUGCUGUGCUUACAACAAAAAUAAACAAGAUAAAAACAAAGCUGCGAUCAAAGCGGAUUUACACACCUUGAAGAAACUAUUUAUACCAGCCCUUGACAACAGCACUUCACUGAUUGAGAAAAUAAACAAGUACGAUUUACACAUGGCAGAAGUAGUGGAAGAGCAGAGCAGAGCGGCGAAUAAGUGUAGCACACUGCACGAUCUAACUCUGUUUAAACUGGCAAAAAGCAAUAAGGUUGUGGCUGCAGACAUAAUAUACACUCUCUCCGACAUAGCCCCGUCUAAGCUGGACAGCGAGCUGGAGCUAAUAAUAUUCGUUAUGCAUCGAAAUUUGAUCAAUCACAUCCCAUACAGCAAUAUAAAACUUUUUAUGUAUGCUGUGAGAGACGACGUGGUAAACAGAAGCAUAGACCCACUGAUCUCAGCGGACUCACGCCUCUAUCUGCUAAGUGACAGGUAUAACCCAGUAUACCAGCCCAAAUCAUCUGUGCUGGAUCUUGGCACCAUGAACAUCUAUCUUACUCUGCUAAAAAAAGAUAUCUACAGGACAUAUCUGAGCCAGUGCAUGCACAUUACGCCUGGAGAGGUUAUGAAAAUAAUCAUGAUAGAAUAUCUGAUGACUGGGCGCCUUUUAGACCACAAAAACAACAAACUUUUUUCUGUUCUUGGGGAGAUAAUAGAGAACAUAGGAAAACCAGCAAGCAACAGCAAAAAUAUCCACAAAAGAAUUGGGAUCGAAAGAGCAGCACAGGACAAGAUACUGGAUGCUCUGAGUAUUGUGUGGAAUGACUACAAAUCUGCCACGUCAGUUAAACACAUAAACGUUGAGCAGUUCUGCUACAAGAACGGUUUUUCAUUUUUCGACUUUUUCAGAGUACAGAAAAGCUUUGCGUCUAUUAAAUGGAUGUAUGAAAUAGAAAGAUACAGCUUAGAGCCAGAGUACACUGUCACUUCUAUAGACGAGGUAGAAAGACAGGGCACAGAGCCAGAAAAUUCUAUUCCGAGAAAAGAACUAACCCAAGAAGUGCACUUCGACAUAUCCUACACACAUCCUAUGUGGUAUAUAUACAAGCGCUGUGAGUACAUUAACAGUUUUUCUGCAAUAGACACUACAUCUAGCGACACGCCGUUUAUUGAGGUGUGCAAUGAUGUAUUUACGCUCAGACCGCACAGGAUAAGAGAGCGCGACAGUGAUGCAGUCAGAACAGAGAACAUAAACAAGUGCAUUAGAGCAUGGUUUGCACAGUGCACUGAAAUUAUCAGCAGAAGAGAAGACAAUGAGGGCUACAAUUUGGCUUAUGACUUUGCAAAGUAUCUGAAAACCUCCGAAGAAAAAACAGUGAACAUGAAGGAAGAAACAGAAUGGUCAGCGGAAGCCAACCAGAGCAAUCCAUUCUACACAGUCAAACUGUCUUAA